AUGGCAGACAAAAAAGGAAUAAAAAGUAAGUUGCCAAGCCCUGAUCCGGUAGAACCACGUAUAAACGAUGUAAGUGAGCCAGAAGGUACAAAAGCUAGCAAAGAAGAUAAUACUAAAACAGAACCUAGUCAUAAAACACAAAAAAAAAGGAGUAUCUAUUUCGACAAUGUUGCAUAUGACGAGGGAGGUGAGGAACACAUGCUAAAAACUGAUGAAAGUAAAUCAGUUAAAAGAUGCAGAGAAAAGGAUACAACGAAAAUUAAAAAGUGA